AUGCUGCUGCGUUUGGUUAGGAAGCAGCUGGCGCAUGCACUGUAUCAGCAAGAUGCAGCAACACGCGUCAUUGCGAGGCUGCUGAAGGAGAGAGACGCAGCUCAGCAGCAGCUGCAGCAGCAGCAGCAACUGGUGCUGCAGCUGCAGCGUUCUGCUGCUGCUGCUGCAGACAGCGCAGACGCGGACCUCGGUAUGUGCAGCAGCAAUAGCGGCAACAACAACAACAACAACAGCAGCAGCAGCAGCAGCAACAGCAGCAGCAGCACCAGUUUUAGCAUCAUCCCUUACGACUCCCACUGCGGAUUCACAGCAGCACGUGGCGUCUUCAAGGUAGCAGCAGAUACAAAUCCUGCACGACAUGCAGCAGUGUUUGGCAGCAGCAGCAGCAGCAGCAGCGGUGAAGGCGGCGGCUCUUCUGGUGAAUCUGCAGCAGCAGCAGCAGGAGAAGAAGGCGCAGCAGCAGCAGCAGCAGCAGCAGCAGGAGUCGGAGGAGGAGAAGGAAAGGUAAUUAGUGUCUCUUCAGGUGCUGACGGGGCUAUCGUCUUCUUCAAUCUUCAUGAGCAGAAACAAAUAGCAAAAGUCCAAGCGCAUGCAAAAGCAUGCAGGACAUUUUUGCUUCACCCAACAGAGCCCCUUGUUAUAUCGGGUUCAGAUGAUAAAACUGUGAAGAUAUGGCGGGGAAGCAACGACUUCAGCAGCUCUUUUACUUUGGGUGUUGCACUGAGGAGACAGCGGGGUGAUAUAUGCGGCUUAGCUCUGCAUCCUUUGAACGAUUAUUUUGCUGCUGCUGCUGCUGACAGCACGUGGAGCUUCAUAGGAAUAAAGGAGGGCAGAUAUUUAUCAGUUUAUAAAGAUCUUUCGUCUCAGUAUUCAUCUUUAGCUUUUCAUCCUGACGGUAUGAUAAUGGGUGGAGGCGGCGUCGACGGAAACAUUUAUAUUUGGGAUAUGAAGGGGCAGCAGCAAAGAGCAGCACUUCAAGGGCACUCAGAUCGCAUAACUAAAUUAACUUUUUCAGAGAACGGCUACUACCUUGCUACUGCAAGUGCUGACGGAACGGGUGAGGGAGAAGGGCUCCUUAGCCACCGUCUCUGA